UCGGCCAUAGAAGCUUGGAGAUAACUCUCUCUCUCUCUCUCUCUCUCUCUCUCUCUCUCUAGAAAUAUGAGUGCCCAGAAGGCUUAGAACGUGAGUCAACGGCAGAACAGUGAGAGCUUUUGCACUCUGGAAUCUAUUCGGGCUCAAAAAGAGAUUUAGAUUAUUAUUAUUAUAAUUUUGGUGGAAUGGUAGUGUGUGGUGCCUCAAGGUGGAGCUGAAUGCUCUAGGUGAGAUAUUAGAUGAGGUUUCAUGGGAGCAAACAAUGACCCAUUUGUUAGUUUGUAGCUUUUAUCAGACGGCAGCAUUGGUUCGUGGAGUUGAUAUCUAACUUGUACAGCUUCGUCCAACAUUGCCAAAGGUUGAUCAUCAUUUGGUGCCUAGAUUCCCCUCCCCCCGGGCCACCCCCAAAAUGAUUUCGUAACAAAAUAUUUGCCAAUCGGAUGAGAAAGUAUUGAAUAUUACUGGUUGCAGGUUGACUGAAGUUUAGAGGUUAUUGUUGAGGUUUCUUUAACAGUGAAAGUGUUUGCAUAUUCAUCGAGUAUGGAGAUUAAAGAGGCUGAGAGGAUAGUAAUUGCUAAGCCAGUGGCUUCAAGACCAACUUGUUCCAGUUUUAGGUCCUUCUCAGAGCUCCUUGCAGGUGCCAUCAAUGCAUCUCCCUCUAAUGCAUGCUCUGAGACAGCAGUUCCUGCCAUUAGACCAAAAACAAUGAGGUUCAAGCCAGUACUAAAACGUGCUCCAGUUGGGGUGGUUUCUUCCCAGGCUGAGAUCACUGAAGCAGCUUGCUGUUCAGCGAAUAAAGUUUUGAAACAAGACAGCAAAUCCACUGUGGUGUACAAACCCUUGGCAAAGCUUGUAUCUAAGACAACUGCUUCUUUCUUGGCUAAUCUGGGUAAUUCCAGUCAUCAGCAAGCACUAGCACAUGUUGAGGCCCUUGCUCAACAUCCAAACGAAGAUAAACACCAUCUUGGAACCCACCUGACCUCUAAUCGUCAUCCUAAUAAUCCACCAUUAGCAGAAAUUGAUCAAAUAGUUCAGCCCUCAAAGGUUGCAAUGCAGAAUUUGGAAGAUGAUCAGAAACAUUUGCCACCCACAACCAAUGGGGAUCGGCCUUCUUAUGAUGGUUAUAAUUGGAGGAAGUAUGGGCAAAAGCAAGUUAAAGGAAGUGAGUUUCCACGAAGUUAUUAUAAAUGCACUCACCCAAAUUGUCCUGUGAAGAAGAAAGUGGAAAGAUCACUUGAUGGCCAGAUAGCUGAAAUUGUCUAUAAGGGUGAGCACAACCAUUCAAAGCCUCAGCCUCCCAAGAGAAAUUCAUCAGGGGCACAAGCGCAGGGAUUUGUAUUGGAUGGGACUGGUCAAGAUACAAGCAAGACAUUAAAUAACAAUACCAAUGAGAGGAAUGAAGGCUCUGAAGGUGGAGUGGAAAAUCUGAAUGAUAUAGGAUUAUCUUCCCAUUCAACUUAUGCAGGAAAAGCUCAAUUAUCAUACGAUCCUGUUUCAACAGGGGCACCUAAUGCUGGUGUUGGAAAUUCUGAAAAUUCAUGUGGUCUUAGUGGAGACUGUGAGGAAGGAAGCAAAGAGGCAGAUGAUGAUGAGCCCAACAGUAAGCGAAGGAAAAGUGAGAGUCAAUCCAAUGAAGCAGUCGCAUCUGGGGAAGGUGUACAAGAGCCUCGCAUUGUUGUGCAGAGUUCAACCGAUUCUGAAAUUUUAGGAGAUGGUUUUCGCUGGAGAAAAUAUGGGCAGAAGGUUGUGAAAGGAAAUCCAUAUCCCAGACAUGUUAAUUAUAAAUGUUAAAGUGAGGUAAUAUCAGAGAGCUACCCUGAAAUUUUUGAAAGUGACAGACCUACACAGAGCUUGGGAACGACACUGCCCAAGGGGAAGGUUUCUGUGUUAUGCCUUGUGUGAUGUUUAAACUAAAAGUGAACCAAUAAUUAUGAACUUUAUGGGUGAAACUCAUUUAUUAUAUUAUUAUUUAUAUUUGUAAUUAUUAUUAUUUGUUCAUUCACUUAUUCAUUCAUUCAUUCCUAACUGGAUAAUUUUUGGUCCUGCAGAAGUUAUUAUAGAUGCACCAGUCUAAAGUGCAAUGUACGGAAGCAUGUGGAAAGGGCAUCAGAUGAUCCCAGAGCUUUCAUCACUACGUAUGAGGGAAAACAUAAUCAUGACAUGCCAAUGAGGACCACAAAUCAUGUGGCAUCUGAACCAGAUUUACAGGCCCCUGCUAAUUAAAAGUACACUGCAGGAUUGGAUCCAUGGAAGGAAAUGAUUUCCCACGCAACAUUCUAUCUUGGCAAAAUAUAUCAAGAGGAGCUUUGUGACACUAGGAACCAAGUUGGCAGAGAGAUUUGGAGAUUUGCCAUGACUGGUCGGUCCAAUAUUAUUUCCAUGAAAUUCCAUUGAGAAGGCUCCUUGACAAAAAAAAAAUGGUUUUCUUUUUUUUAUGUGGGUAACUAGAAUUAUCAGGUGGGGACUCUUUUAUUCUAUUGCAGCUUGUCCUUAGCUUGUAAGUGCAAUUCUACUCUUGCUACUUGUUUCACUUCAUCAGAGUUGCCUUGAAUAAUCUGAUUUUUGAUGCA